GGGGGCUCCAAGAACAUGGUUGGGAUCCACUGCGUUAAACAAUAUUGGUGUCACAACUGUCCUGACCAUGACCACAUUGAGUAUAAGUGCCCGGAACUCACUUCCAAAGGUGGCCUAUGCAACAGCUAUGGACUGGUUUAUGGCAGUGUGCUAUGCUUUUGUCUUCUCUGCUCUCAUUGAGUUUGCCACUGUCAACUACUUCACAAAGCGCAGCUGGGCCUGGGAUGGUCAGAAGGAGGCCCAGGAGAUGCGGAGGCGAGAGUCAGCUUCCUUCUCCAAGAAGACCAACAACACUUUCAACAUCGUGGGAACCACCUACAGCAUGAGCGUAGCCAAAGAUCCCGGACUGACAACCAUCUCCAAGAGCGCCACAUCCACGUCCACCCCAUCCCAGCCGGUCCGAGAGGUCCGGCUGCCCAAAAUGGAUGGUGAAUACGUGCCGGAGGGUGUAAGAAAGUCAUACAAUCGUGUGAGCAAAGUGGACAAGAUCUCUCGUAUCAUCUUUCCAGUGCUUUUCUUCAUCUUCAACCUGGCUUACUGGGCCACUUACGUCAACAGAAAGCCGACCAUCAACCGGUCCAGCCCACAGAAAUGAACAUGAAAACCGAAAAUAAAUAAAUAAACUGCCAGUCCAGUCUUAAUCAGCAACAUGAUGCUACUGCUACUGUGU